UGCAAUUAGGUUGUGAAGCGCUGGUAUCUAAAUUUAGGGCUGCAGCAUGGCUUGAAGUCAGCUGGUGUCUAAAUUUAGGGCUAGGCUACCCCACACCUACCUGCUAUCGCUCACUGCUCUGACAGACUAGAUCUAUCGCCGCACUAUCUCCAAACGAUGGCCAACAGCCUAUACUGCGAUCGCUGUCGAAAGCAUUCCCAAAGGGCCUCUUCAAUACAGCAGCACUAUAAUGACUCGAUUAGUCACAACCGGUGCCCCGUCUGCCCUUUUGAUAGCAAGACUUGGGAUAAGCUGCUUAAACACCAUCAAUCCACUUUGCAUAGGACUGUGUGCAUGGGUUGUGAUAAGGGUAAUGGGAUAAUAUGGGAUCCAGAAAGUAAAGAGUAUCAAGAUCAUCUUAAAGAAGAAAACGUUUGCGAACAGUGCGGACAGCACUUUGAAAGCCCGAGCAACCUUAAAAACCACAAAUUCGUUUAUAUGCCCCGCUCUCUCGAGUGUUACGGCUGUUAUAAAACAUAUAAGACGUUUCCUUAUAUAAUUCUUCAUUUAGAAUCCGGAUACUGCAGCUUAGGAAUUGACACGCUGGAUCUUAACAAGACUGCGGUAAAGUGUUACUAAUGGCAGCAGUUCAUCAACGAGGACUAUCAGAAUGCGAUGCUGAGUGGGCAAGAUCUCCGCGAUAAGUACAAAGAGCCAACUCCAUUCCGAUGCCUAGAGUGCGAGGAAGGUUUCUCAAAGCUCUCUGCUCUAUUUCAACAUGUAUCAAGCCAGACCUGCGCAUAAAU